CCCUAGCCAAUGUAAUCGGUAUGCGUCUUUAAAUCUGAAAGCAGUGGUCUUAGUAACACAGUCACGUGAGCUUCACGGCCCUGACGAAACGCCGACACUUGGCACUUGCUCCCGUCCCAUUGUCUCUCCAUUCCACAACGACCAUUCGCUGUGAGCAUGCUUCUUUUCGCGCACCCAUUAUGAUGAACCCGACCGUCACCAGACUAUGGAUCACUGGGGCGACCCUUGGGCCGACGAUGCCGGAACGAAGACGCCCCCAAAAGAGUUGGAGGUGAAGAAACCGAUUAUAGCGCCCGCGGUACUCCAGGGGUUUGAGGACGAAGCACAAUGGGGAAGUCCCGUGGAUGAAGAUGGGUUUGGGGACUGGGCUGAGUUUUCUGCGCCAAUUGGAUAUCAGGAAGCUCAGGCUGAUGAUGAAGAGGAAGAGCGGUUGGAAGAGCUCGAAACGACAUCCACGCCUCCUUCGUUAGCCACCUCAAGCGAACAACAUGAGACGCAUACACAUUCUCCAGGAUCGCAAUCGCCUACGGUUCAGAUCGAGAACGCGCAUAAGCAAGACACAUUAGGCGUCCGUGACGAUGCGUGGAGGAUUGACUCCACUCCGGAGUUGAACACGGCGGGUCAUGGGCCAUGGGGUGAUGUACAAAAGGGGGAACAUCUUGGGGGAGAUCCAGGUGGCGUAGAAGCCGAACCCUCGGACUCUGGAACUACUAUACACCCAGAUAACGCCGACGAUGAACGGACAGAAAUCGAGCCCGGGACUUCGGAUGAUGACGCGUCUACCCGCCCCUCUACCUCUCCUUCGGAUGCCAGCCAGCCUGAAGUACCUCAUGAAUCUCCACGCACGUCCUUCGAGGAGGAGGGGACACUGGUAGAAGGACCCGAAGAGUCGAGGGAUAAUGGAAAGGAAGAGUCCCCGGCAUUGGCCAAGAUACCGGAGGAUGAUGUUAGCGAUGUUACACAGAAUGCGGACUUGGUUGCGGAGAUCGAAGACGACGACGACUUUGGAGAUUUUGAAGGAGAUGAGAGUGGCGAGGACGAGGACGAGGGAGAGGGCGAGGGCGAGGAAGGAGGCCGAGAAAGCGAAGAGAUACGGACUGCGGUCUCUCCCGUGGUGUCUAGUUUCCCAGAGUCAAAUGAGUUCACAGAAGAACGAAAGGAAAACCUAGAAGUGCACAGAGGUUCAUUGGAAGUCCUCAAAGGUCCGGGAUCUUGCGAUAGCAUUACCAUAGCUUCCUUCCAACCGGACUUGUCCCUGAUCGAUCAGUUGUACCCUUCUCCACCUCCAUUCACACCAAAAGGAGACACUCCGGAGGACACGAUAUCCUCUACGUCUACCCGCAAGGCUUGGUAUCGGCUUACCCGAGAGCAGACUAUGAGGGAGUUCAACAGCGGAACUGAUGACGAUAGUUAUGUUCGUGUGUCGUGGAUUGGCUCGGCGAUUCGGACAGAGGUCAACAAGAUAGUGGGUCGGUGGAGCGCAGAAGACCGAAUUGCAGGAAGGCCUGUUCUUGGAGGCAGAUCUGCGGGUGCUAUGUUCUUCUGGGAUCAGCCAACCCAUGCAACGGAACCAACUAUUGGGACUACCUCUCGACAUGCUCGUCACAGAUCUUCAUUAUCAUCAAACAUGAACGCCGCAUCGCCUACACUAUCGAACAAAUCAACAGAUGCUCCAUUGUCGCCCAAGAGCCCGACUGCGCAAUUCAACUGGAGCUCUUCACCUCGCUCUCAACAGUUCCCAUCAACGUCUAUGUCAGGCGAAGCUGCUAGAGCGCCCCGCCCAAGCGUAGAGGAGUUGGCUCGCAAUGCGGUAGGGCAGCUCAAAAUGGGGAAAACUAACACAUCUCCUACAUCGACUGAUGCGCCCCGGCCUAAACCGAUAGCGAAAGUAAAAGCUAGCUCAUCGAGGCCUUUGUCGAUGGACAUCACGAGAGGAAUUCCAUCACACCCGACUCACAAAAGGGCCUCUCAGAGCACAACAAUACCCGCUCAAUUCGUUAACACCUCUAUGCCAUCUCGGGCACAGCCGACUACGGGCCAACUAGAGAAAUCGCCGCCAUUCUUUAUACCAGAGUGGAAACCUUCAGAGGAGGAAUCUGCUUCCAUUACAAGUAUCCCUACGCCGAUAGCGGAGCAUUCCAAGCUUUUAAGUGCUGCAGCGUCAAAUUCGAUGAUGGAUAUGGACCCUUGGGCAGGUCUGACCCGCUUAGAUACCCGUUCCAAAGCACCUGCUGCUCUACAGAACCCACCACGGGAUGAAGACGAUGACUGGGGCGAGAUGGUCCAGUCACCCAUAACUCCAGCCGCUACUCCAAUAUUGCCACAAGCCCAGAUCAAACCAGGGCCGCCCCAACAAGAUCCCUCUCGUCGCUAUGCGCCAUCUAUAGUUCGACUCAUGACGCCUAUAUCACCAACAACUUCUUCGGGGCCUACACUUGCAAACCUUUAUGGCCCUAUCGUAAAGCUAUCUAGUGUUUCAAGGACUCCAUCGACGGAUAGUCUAAAUGCAAAGGCAAGGACAACACCCCCACCUUUGCCUUCCUCAAGCGUACCAACACUUGAAUCACAAUCAGGCCUAGGAGAUGCCGAUUUCUCCGGCUUUGAGUCAUCUCUCCCGCAAAAAGUUGAUCCCCCCUCUUCGAUCCCAGCCAAGAAGCAUGUACGCAUAGCUUCGCCUCCUGUGGCCACAGUUACAGAGCCGAACCCUCUGGCAACAGCCGACUUCUCGAUAUUGGACUCCCCGGCUCUACCUACAGCCUCAUCAUCUUCAUCCGCCUCGGCCAAGAGUCACGUGCGCGUGUCAUCGUCUUCAUUCUCGGCUCCGGUCGCAUCAGACCCCCUCGCGGCUGCUGACUUUUCCAUUCUCGAAUCACCCUCCUCCUUCGUACCAACGCCACCACAAGCUGUAUCGAUGGCGCCGACACCAAAACACAGCCGUGCUUCAUCGGUGACCUCCCACCCAUCUCUAUUAUCCACAAAGCAAAAGGAAGCCGAAGAAGCGGAGACUUUGCGAAAGAUCAUAAGAGGGUUACCGGACCUUAGCUAUAUGCUUCGUUAGACGCGUUACGUAUUUUUUGGGCAUUUUCACAGCGAUUUGUACGGGGGAGGGAUAUUGGCACACCCUCUAAUCACUCCACGCACACCCUAUCGCUUCACCGCCUUCUAAUUGGCUCGGAGGGGCCGGAGCUUCCUCC